AUGAAAUUCAUUUGCAUUUGCAUCCCGAAAAGAAUUCAUAUGCAUUGCGGUAGUGGAAGUUCUUCCUGUAAAGCCUGGCAUUUUGCAAUUCAUGGUUGCAAACCUCAUCAAACUUCAAGAACCUUUGACUUGGCAUAUAGUAUCAUGCAUGCUAUAAAGGGAAGUUGGGUUGGCCAGACGUUCGCCCUGUCCAGAUCUAAUGAGUCUGGAGGGAGGAAGUCUCGCAUCCGCCGUUCAGAGGAGGAAAGUAAGGGCAUGGUUGAAUUGUUUAUUAUAAAGAUGUAUCAGAGUUUAAACAAUGGGAACUUUCCUUCUCUUAACCUCACCCACAAGGAAGUUGGUGGGUCAUUCUAUACAGUCCGUGAGAUUGUUCGAGAAAUCAUCCAAGAAAAUCGUGUGUUUGGUCCUGCUAAGUUUUUGCCCGCAGAGCAAGACUUUCAUGAGUGUUCUCAUUGGCUUGCUGAUGACAAUGCUGAAACUGGACAAAUCCUUAAUGCAAGUUUUGUAGUUGUCGGGAACCCAGAAUCUGAUAAGCAGGAGGUCAACGACUUUCAAGAAAUCCAUAAUGAAGUGGCUCCAAUUGCAGACAUAUCUGUACCUACUGAUGCUUCAAUAGACAAUAACGGUACCGAAAUAGUAUCUUCCGGGGUCCAAGCAGCCGGAUCACUAGGAAACAAGCCAGUUUCCAAUGUGCGGUCGCAGGCAGAAACCAACCUGCUUUGGUCUGCUUUUCAAGCAUUCAUCUCCGCCUUUGUUAAAUUCUGGUCAGAACAGUAA